AUAAAAACAAAUUAUAAGGAUUCUGAGAAUUUUUUAAAUAAAUUUCUAAUAAAACUAACUAGUCAAUUAAUAUCGUAUAAAUUUAUAACAAUAUUUAAUAAAAGUGAUUAUUCUAUAAGAGUAUAAGUAAUUUUUUUAGGGAAAAAUUACAGGAGCAGCAGCAAGGACAUCAAGUAUAACACACGGACAGACAUACCGAUACCAUAGACAAAACAUUAAUUGGUUGUUAAGGGUGAAGGUGGCACCACUCGCAAACAAACAACAACUUCAUCAUCAUCACGACUAUUGGCAAUUAACGAAAAACUAAUAGCAGGUUGACAGGCAGACAUCAACCAGAAACAUUCUGGAGAAGGGGAGCAAUGUUUAAAUUUGAAUAGAAGUGGUAAAUAAUGAAAGCAAACAAAAGCUAAAGAAGUAAAGCCACAUUAAGUCAAGUGUUUAAUAAAAAUAAUUGGAUCUCUAAGAAAGAGAAAUAUAGAAAAAAUAAUUUACUAAAUUUCAAAAGACAAAAAGCUUAAGCAAUAAAAAUCACAAGUGUCCAACACACAUACAAUACAGUUCUUCAUUUCGUGGCACUAAAAAGUGAAGCAAUUCAAUAAAUUUCUGUAUUUAGCCAGACUAAGGGCGUACGGGGAGGUUCCAAGCAAAUGUUUUAAAGUUUAUUUAACAACUUUAAAGAUAGUUUUAUGGUUUUUAUUGAAUAUCAAUAAUAUCGUUGAGGAUUUGUCAUAUUUUGUAAUUUUGCCAGCAUGAGAAUACACUUUCGUGAACAGUAUGGCACUAGAGGUGAAGAAAUACUCUAUGUUACACCAGCCGAACAAAAAUCAAUUGUCCGUGUACCACUAAGGAGUGAAAAUAAAGCGGUUAUACAUGAAAAAUUCUUUUUAUACCGUUUAUUCCAGCAAAUAUUCCUACCCAAAGGUUAUCCCGAUAGUGUAAGUGAUGAUUAUGCUGCUUAUCAAAUUUGGGACACUGUUCAGGCAUUUUGUAGUACUAUUUGCGGGACUCUCUGCACACAUGCUAUACUAAAGGGUCUUGGAGUUGGUAACGAAAACAUAAAUGCCUACUCAGCUACAGUAACAUGGAUUUUAAAAGAAGGCAGUGGACAUUUAGGACGCAUACUAUUCUCUUGGUGGAAAGGUGCCCAAUUGGAUAUAGAUAGUAAAAAGUGGCGUUUAAGAGCAGAUUUUUUAAAUGAUUUAGCAAUGGGUAUAGAAAUUUAUGUGCUUCCAAAAUACACCCAUUUGGGUACACAAAUUUUAUGUGGGACAACUGUUUUAAAAGCCAUAGUAGGAGUGGCAGGUGGCGCUACGAGGGCAGCUUUGACUCAACACCAGGCAGUACGUGGUAAUUUCGCUGAUGUUAAUUCAAAAGAUAGUUCGCAAGAAACUUGUGUAAAUCUAAUAGCCUCAUUUGUGGGUUUAUAUUUAUUAACUGCCAUUAAAACUCCAGGAGUACUCUAUGGCGUUUUUUCUGUGGUCAUUUUAUUACAUUUGUAUGCCAACUUAAAAGCAAUUAAGUCCAUAUGUUUGAAAACAUUCAAUGAAUCUCGUUAUUUGAUAGCUUUAGAAGAAUUCUUUAGAUCUGGACGUAUGCUAACACCUCAACAAGUUAACAAAUUGGAAAGAGUUACUUUGGGCCAAACAGUAUCCGUAUCGUUAAAUAUACGUUUAGGUUUAUCCAUUAAACACCUGAUAGAUGAAUAUCAACAAAGUCAUAUUAUUGAUAAUAUUGUUUCAUCAUUUGAUCCUCAUGAACAUUUUAUUAUUGCUGAAAGUAAAAAGUUUCUAGGAGUGUAUUUUCAUUUCGAUACAAUGCCUCAGGAUGUAUUGAAGGCAUAUUUCUUUGCCGUAUCCUAUUUACAAGAUCGCAAUCAAAUUAAGGAAAAAUACUGGGAAGUACAAAGUAAAUGGCAAGAGUUUUAUAAUUUAGCACAACAAGAAGGUUGGUUAACCUCCCAACAUUUAUUAAUGGUAGAUGAAUAUCGUUUGAAUUGGAAUGCCUAGAAUUAUCAUCAACACUACUAAUACAGUAAGUAAGUAGUUUGUCAUUUAUCAAAUAUCUUAAAUUAAUUUUAAAUAAAAUAUUAAAUAAUAUUUUUUAGUAAUUUAAUUUGAUUAGAUUUAUAAUUAUUGAUAUUUAAAAUAGUUUUAAUUACUAUUUUAAUUCAUAGUAGAAUUUGUUAUUAUUUAAAAUUAAAACAGUUAAAAAGUGCAGGAAUGUAAAAUUUGGUUUACAAGUCCGACGUAAUUCAAUACAAAAUUGAAAAUGUUUGCAGUUUUUGAAAAUAAAAAUUCGAAUAUAUUUUCUUUUGUAUUAAAUUACGGCAACAAUCUUAACUUUAUGUUUCUAUUUUGUUUCCUUUGAUUUUCAUUAAUUUUAUUUAAAACUAAAUUAAUGCAAAAAUUUAAAAAAUAACUAAAAUAGAAAUGUAAUUGGUUUAAAAAUAAACGUUCUUUUGAAAUUUAGCUGUUUUUAGUUUAACAACAUUUUAAUAAUCUCUCAACCAUAAAUCUCAUUUUUAACUUUACAAAUUAGUUGGCUUACAAUAUUUAAACGAUUUUAUUAUAAUUUAAAAAAAUUUAUACAUUCCAUUAAAUUUUAAAUUUAUAUUUUAGUUAAAUUUUAUUUUUUGAACAUAAUUUAGUAAAAUGUUAGUAUAUUAUAAAAUUAUUAUACUUAAAAAAACAUAUCUAUUUAAAUAAAAAAAUAUAUAGUUAAAAUCUAUAGAGUGUAUUGUAAAGUCUAGUUUUCUAUUGAACUAUUAAGAAAUUUCAUUUGUUUUGGUUGAAUUUCUAAUAAAAACUUCCAAUUUGUAUGCAACAUUUCUGCCUUAAAAAUUGUGUAAAAUGUAUAGAAAGUAUUGAAUAGCAAUUUAGUGAAAAAAAUACUUAUUAAUUUCCCAACCCAAACUAUUAACUAAAACUGUUUCUAAUUAAACAAAAAAUAGAAAGAAAGCAAAACGAUUUUAAAGAGCAAUAUAUUAGUUAUAUGUAUGUAAAUUUAAGAAUUUAUGUAGUAAAUAAAUUUAAGCUUUCAAUAAAAAAUUUUAAAUAAAAAUAUGUAGAACAACCUGUAUUUAAUUAACAAUUCCCUCAAUAACUUUUAAAAGUUAUAUAUUAAAAAAAAUCAUCUUAAAAUGGGCAUUUAGUCAUUCAUAAUUACUCAUAAUUAUAAACUUAAUCGGAAUAAAGUUUUCAAAUUAACUAUUUUCUUAUAUCCCUUUACAAAAUAAACAACAUUUAAUAAUAAAAAUAAAGCUAAAACAAAUUUACACAUUAAAUAAUAAUUACAAUAAGAUACAUGCAUAGUAGUUGUUUAUUAUUAACACAUAUUUUUGCUUUCUUAACACAAAAACUCUACGUAGAAGUAACGUUCUUAAAUGCAGUAAUAUUGUGCUACUGUAGAUAAGAGUUUAACGAAUGAAAAUAGCACUGUAUUAAGAUAAACAGUUACAAGUUAUUCAACCAUUAAGCUACAAGUUUACUGCAUUUUCGAACGCAUUUAUUGUCUAAUAUUUAUUUAUAAGAUUGAAAGAAAAUAAGUGUAAAAUUCAUUAUUAUUUGCAUUAAUUUAUAUUAAAAAAAAUGAGUAUUUUUUGCUUACAUAUAUGUAUAUCACCAAUUUAAAACUUGUUUUAUU